UUGAAAUUUUCUUGACAUGAUAUAAAAUCUUUGGAGCACUAUUUAAUUUAAUUAAAAAUGGCCUUUCCCAAGUUAUUGGUUGUCGUUUCUGCUCUCCUACUUAUCCAGGCUCAAGCUCAGCCACGUAUGGAGGAUAAUGAUCCUCUCAUAACGCUCAUCCUGAAGCUCGUUAAAGUUACUGAAACGUUCAUUGAUGGAAUUCUUGAAGAAACGCGCAACAUAGCGAAAGAAGCUUCCGAAAAUACUGAGGAAUUGCGAUUGAAAACCCUUGAAGUAGUGAGGAAAGCAGUAGAUACGAUUUGGAGUAUCAUCGAUGGAGAAUUAGCAAGGAUUAAAGCUAGUCGCUGCAACUAUUACGUACUACCUCGCAUCUGCAGAGAGGUAUUAUAAGGAACAAAUAUAUCAAUUCGAAGAGGAAUUUCACAAAUUAGCUCAUGAUGUUUAUCCAACGUGCAUCGUUCCUAAUGCUGAGAUUUACAGAGAAAAAUCAAUCAAACGUCUUCACAAUCUUGUUGCUUGUAUUAGGUCUUGAACUGAAAUUAGUGAGAUAUUGUAUCUUCAUUAUAAUCUUUCCAAAAAGUGGAUCUAGUUGGUCAGUGAAAUAUAUAGCAUCUUGAUUAAGAAAUAGAUUUAUAUUCUGAAUAACAUAUACAUUUUUCAAAUAGUGAUAAGUACUUUGAAUACAUUUAUGAAACAUCUA